AUGGCUCAAAUUAACAAGCCUUCCGGACGGCAAUUAAAGGCACAAAAUCGCGAUUCUUCAUCAGAAAAUGAACGAUUCAUACGGGCAUGCUCUGAUAUCGUCAGCCAUCUAGUACAAGAUUAUGAAGCUCAACAAGAUUUUUCACAACCUAGGAAAGACAUCAACUUGAAUAGUCUGCGUGCAAAAAUGUCGAAGAAGCAUAAACUGAAUAAUAUUCCACCAUUGACAGCAAUAAUAGCUGCUAUACCUGAGCACUACAAGAAAUAUAUUCUUCCAAAGUUAAUUGCGAAGCCAAUCCGAAGCGCUUCAGGUAUAGCGGUUGUCGCAGUCAUGUGCAAGCCCCAUCGAUGCCCUCAUAUCGCAUACACAGGAAAUAUUUGUGUUUAUUGCCCAGGUGGCCCCGACUCUGAUUUUGAAUACUCUACCCAGUCUUACACUGGAUAUGAACCUACUUCAAUGCGAGCGAUAAGAGCAAGAUAUGAUGCUUUUGAACAAGCGCGAGGUCGAGUUGACCAAAUUAAGUCUCUCGGGCAUAGUGUUGAAAAGGUCGAAUACAUCAUUAUGGGAGGAACCUUCAUGUCGUUACCAGAAGUAUACCGUGAUAAUUUUAUCUCACAACUUCAUAAUGCGUUAAGUGGAUAUCAGGGUAAGAACGUGGAUGAGGCUGUUGAGGCUGGAGAAAUGAGCAAUAUCAAAUGUGUAGGAAUUACGAUUGAGACUCGUCCAGACUACUGUCUCCAACCACAUCUAUCUGCAAUGUUGAGGUAUGGAUGUACGCGGCUCGAAAUAGGCGUCCAAUCGCUAUACGAAGAUGUGGCUCGAGAUACGAACCGCGGUCAUACUGUUGCAGCUGUCGCAGAAACUUUUUGUCUAUCAAAAGAUGCAGGGUUUAAGGUCGUUAGUCAUAUGAUGCCAGAUCUGCCAAAUGUUGGGAUGGAGCGCGACCUUGAUCAAUUCAGAGAGUAUUUUGAAAACCCUGCAUUUCGCACUGAUGGUCUCAAAAUAUAUCCAACGCUUGUUAUUCGGGGAACGGGGCUAUAUGAACUUUGGCGCACGGGGAGGUAUAAAAAUUAUACUCCAAACGCACUUAUAGAUAUUGUAGCAAGAAUAUUAGCUCUUGUCCCACCUUGGACUCGUAUUUAUCGAGUGCAAAGAGAUAUACCGAUGCCUUUGGUUACAUCUGGAGUUGAAAAUGGAAAUUUGAGAGAACUCGCUCUAAGUAGAAUGAAAGACUUUGGUACUACCUGCCGAGAUGUUCGCACUCGAGAAGUUGGCAUUAACGAAGUGAAGAAUAAAAUUCGUCCUUCUCAGAUCGAACUAGUGCGAAGAGAUUACACAGCAAAUGGAGGUUGGGAAACGUUUUUAGCAUAUGAGGACCCACGACAAGAUAUCUUGAUCGGGUUAUUACGUCUCAGAAAAUGUACGAAAAAGUAUACAUUUAGGCCUGAACUAGUCAAACAACCUACCAGUCUGGUCCGAGAACUACAUGUUUAUGGGUCGGCAGUGCCAAUUCAUGCUCGAAACCCCAAGAAAUUUCAACAUCAGGGUUUUGGGACUCUCUUAAUGGAGCAGGCUGAGAUGAUAGCACGUAAAGAGCACGGAAGUACAAAAUUAAGUGUCAUUUCGGGCAUAGGGACUAGGGACUACUACCGAAAACUGGGAUAUUGGCUUGAUGGCCCAUAUAUGAGCAAGCAUCUUGACCAGAGCAGCUGCGAUGACUGUAUGGACGAAUUCUGA